AUGACAGAGAUACAGGGCUUUGUGCAUCAAGUUGGUGGCCACUCAACAGCUAAGACAAGUUUAAAAGCUCUCAAUGGCCGCAUUUUAAAACCUUUUCAGAACAAACAGCGAGGUGAACGAGAGCGCGAUUUCUACGAACGUGUGUUUGUAUCAGAGAAAGAAUCGACCGAGUUUGCAGCUCUCAUGAGGUUUCUACCGACGUAUUAUGGCACGAUAGUUGCCCCACAAGCUGAAGAUAAGGAGGAGGAAAUGACGUUUGUCAAUGGAGAAUGUUUAGUAUUAGAAGACUUGACGUGGGGCAGACAAUGGCCAUGUAUUAUGGACGUCAAGAUGGGCACGCGCUCGUACGAAGAGGAUGCGUCAGCCGAGAAGAUCGCGUUCGAGAAGUCGAAAUUUCCGUUGCAAGAGACGGUUGGGCUACGUAUUCAAGGCAUCAAAGUGUUUGACCCACAGCGGCAAAGCUACGUUGAAUUUGACAAGGUUUUUGGCCGUGCUAUUACAUCUGUGGACGAACUUGCUUUAGCGUUCCGACGCUACUUUCCCGUUCAAGACACGAUAAAAACCAUCAAGCUAUUGGAAGCGUUUUUGCGGCGUCUCGACCAGCUGAAGACGUGGUUUGACGACCAGCAGGGGACGAUGUUCAUCGCCAGCUCUUUCCUCUUCCUCUAUGACGGCGUGGAGUCUGUGGAAGAAGCUAAGCUCACCUCAGAAGCGUACAAAGCUGACAUUCGUCUCAUCGACUUUGCCCACGUGACGCAUCCAUCUUUACCUAAGCAUGACGAAGGCAAGGGCAGCUUUUGUGUAGCCUUGUAUGACAACAACGAAUCCGUGUUACCGCGAGCUUUGUCUCCCGGAUCGCUGCAGCUGUCGGUCAUUGGUACCUAUUUGCAGGCCAAGCUGGAGUCCAGACGGAGCGGCGCCACACGCGACACCAAGUGA